GCAAUCCAUGUCUUCUUAUCCCAGAAACAUUGAUACUGAUACAGAUCACUUGUCUGCCAGUCACAAGCCUCAUGCCAAAAGCUCCUCUCACACACUCACUCUCUCGCGCCAUGAAAUUCUCCUCGACCUCAACCCCUUUAUUCAUCCUCCUCCUCCCUUUCCUGCCUCUCCUAUACUUUCUCUACCUGUACCAGGAUACCAAGAAGCAGCCUGCAGGUUCCAAUGGACUCAAGUCCUACCCUGUAGUCGGCACGCUGCCGCACUUCGCCAAGAACAGGCACAGGUUUCUCGAGUGGUCGACCGACGUAAUGAAGCGCAGCCCCACGCACACCAUGACGUUCAAGGCGCUUGGCCUCACAGGCGGCGUCAUCACAGCCAACGUGGCCAACGUCGAGCACAUACUAAAGACUAACUUUAGUAACUACCCGAAAGGCGAGCUCUCCGUGUCCUUGCUCGAGGACUUGCUUGGCCACGGCAUCUUCAACUCCGACGGCGAGCAGUGGCUGUGGCAGCGGAAGGCCGCAAGCUACGAGUUCAACCAGCGCUCGCUGAGGAGCUUCGUGGUGGACACCGUCCGGUUCGAGGUCGUCGAGAGGCUGCUGCCGCUGCUGGAGUGGGCGCGGCGCGACGGCCGGACGCUGGACGUGCAGGAUGUGCUCGAGCGCUUCGCGUUCGACAACAUCUGCCAUGUGGUGUUCCACGAGGACCCGGCGUGCCUCGCCGAGGACAGCAUGGUCUCGUCCCAGAGCGCGGAGUUCAUACGCGCGUGCAGCGACGCCCAGAACGCCAUCAUUGCCCGGUUCAUGUCGCCGGUGAAGUCGCUAUGGCGCGUCAAGAGGCUGUUCAACUUGGACCCGGAGAGGCGGAUGCGAGAUGCGCUCACCACGAUUCACGGUUACGCCGACCGGAUCGUACGGGAGCGCAGGGCGAGAGGGGAGGCCGGGCUGGCGCGCAGCGAUGACUUCCUGUCGCGCUUCGCCGCGGGCGGUGAGCACAGCGACGAGAGCCUCCGCGACGUGGUGACCAACUUCCUCAUCGCCGGGCGCGACUCGACGUCGUCGGCGCUGACCUGGUUCUUCUGGCUGGUGUCCAGCCGGCCCGACGUGGAGGACAAGAUCGUGCACGAGAUCCGCGCGGUGCGGAGCGCGUCGAGCAGCGGCGGCACAAGCAGCGCGACAUUCAGCUUCGACGAGCUGCGCGACAUGCACUACCUCCACGCGGCCAUCACCGAGUCCAUGCGGCUGUACCCACCCGUGCACCUGGACACGCACAGCUGCAAGGAGGACGACUUCCUGCCGGACGGCACGUUCGUGGGGAAAGGGUGGCUGGUGACCUAUUGCGCGUACGCCAUGGGACGUGUGGAGGACAUCUGGGGCGCGGACUGCGAGGAGUUCAGGCCGGAGCGGUGGCUGGACGAGGCGGGCGCGUUCCGGCCGGACAGCCCGUUCAAGUACCCCAUCUUCCACGCCGGACCAAGGAUGUGUCUCGGCAAGGAGAUGGCAUACAUACAGAUGAAGUCCAUCGUGGCGUGCGUGCUCGAGCAGUUCAGCCUCCGGUACGCCGGUGGCGACGGACACCCAGGGUUCGUGCUCUGGUCGACUCUGCGAAUGGAAGGAGGCCUGCCGAUGCAAGUGACCACCAGGGAGUAAUCAUCGUCCACUUCAUUGCUAGAGUUGCUCUUGCUUUGAUCCCAGAAAUAAAGCAUGAAUGGUUUUCUUGUUUUCCCUAUAGAUGGCCAAAUGAGUCGCUCGACACGGCCUGGCCUAGCACAACCAAAGCAUGGUCUGAGAUCAGUCAGUCAGGCCGUGCUCGCCCACUGGUUGCACCUACGACCCAAUAUGACACAGGCUGUGCCAUGCUGGUCUGAAGGCACAACCAGUCUAACGUGCUCGUCCUUGCAAUAAGUCUAUUUUGCCUCCCUCAUUUCUUUGGGUCGUGUCUUGUAUAUCUAGAAUACAUCUAUUUUGCAUCUCUCAUCUCUUUGGGCCGCCCAUUGACGAGCUACGGCCUAUGGGAGCGGGGGAUCAUUGGGCCGUGCCGUGCUAGAUCGGCACGUCGUGGCGAGGAAGAGGCUCAGGCACGACAAUUCAUGUGAGCUCCAACAGGUACAGACAUUCGCCAUUCGGGGGAAUAUAGUUGGCCAAAAGAUCCGCAGCUCGACAACCCGACCCACAACAUGGAGAGGCGUAGCCCACAACGGAACCAUAAUGGCAUGGUUUUAUAUUUUGGAAAGGAAAAACAAUCGAGGAAGAGAGGCGAUUGAUCUGAAAUUGUGGAGAUUUUGAAAUAUUCUACCCAAGUUAAUUUAAAAUUUAGAUAAAAUUUGUAUAAAAUUUACUAAAUUCAUAAAAUUAAAAUUUUCGGAUGAAA